AUGCCUGAAAGAAAUGUUUUCACGUGGAAUGCUAUUAUAAACACCUAUGUUAAAGAUCAAAACUUUGCGCAAGCGAGAAGACUUUUUAAUGCUGCUCCCCUAAAGGACUGUGUCACGUACAAUACAAUGCUGUCUGGUUAUGUCAAUUCUGAAGGAUUUCAGGAUCAAGCAGUUCGAUUGUUUGCCGAAAUGCAAUUUGUUGACAAAGUAUCUGAAUAUGCCUUGACUACCAUGCUUGGUUUAGUGACAAAGUUAUGUAUUUUGUCAUAUGGUAGGCAACUGCAUUCAUAUAUGUUGAAGACUGGAAAUAGUUUAAGUAGGUAUUCACUAAGUUCUUUGAUUGUUAUGUAUUCGAAAUGCGGGUGUUUCAGAGAUGCUUGGAGGGUCUUUGAUGGAUCUGAUGUCGGGUUUGUUGACACGGUUUCCAAGAAUACUAUGGUGGCAGCUUGUUUUAGAGAAGGUGAGGUGGAAAUGGCCCGGGAUGUGUUUACAAGUAGGCUACAGUUGAAUGAUGAAGUUUCUUGGAACACAAUGAUUUCGGGUUUUUCCCAAAACGGGUAUGAAGAGGAGGCCAUCCGGUUGUUUAGGAGCAUGAUGGAGGAGGGAUUUAAAUGGAAUGAACACAGUUUUUCCAGCGUUAUAAGUGCUUGUUCUAGCGUGAAGAAUUUGAAACUUGGGAAAGAGAUUCAUGCUUGGAUUUUGAAGGAAGGGAUGAGUUUGAAUCCAUUUCUUAGCAGUAGUUUCGUAAAUCUUUAUUGCAAGUGUGGUCUCUUGAAUUAUGCACAGUCAGUUUGUACAACUACUCAGAAAGAGAACCCUUUUGCCGUCACACCAUUAAUCGUAGGAUAUUCAGAAACGGGUAAUAUGUUAGAAGCAAGAAGGCUUUUUGACUCAUUGCCUGAUAAGAAUCAUGUUGUAUGGACUACUAUGAUAUCUGGAUACGUGAAAGUGCAUCAAUGUGAAGAUGCUUUUCAGCUUUUCAGAGAGUUAAUGACACAGAAAACAACUGUUCCUGAUGAACUGAUUUUCAUAAACCUGCUUGGUGCAUGCGCCAUACAUGCCACCUUUAAUUAUGGGAAGCAAAUACAUGCCUGUAUACUAAGAACUGGCACCGCAUUGGAUGCUAAGUUGGUCAAUUCAUUGGUUGAUGUGUACUCAAAAAGUGGAAAUGUAACAUAUGCACAGAGGGUUUUUCAAUUGUCUGUUGAUAGAGAUACUAUCCUUUACAAUAGUAUGAUAGCUGGUUAUGCUCUUCAUGGUUAUGAAAAUGAAGCUAUUCAGCUUUUCUGUCAGAUGACAGAGAGAGGUUUCCAACCUGAUGAAGUCACUUUUCUUGCCCUUCUAUCAGUUUGCCGACACCGUGGAUUAGUAAAAAUAGGAGAAGAGUAUUUCUUUUCCAUGACCAAAGAUUACAGAAUAUCACCUGGAACUGACCACUAUGCGAGUAUGAUCGACUUGUAUGGAAGGGCAAAUCAACUUGAUAAGGCAGUAAGCUUAAUGGAAAAGUUGCCUAUGGAACCAGAUGCUGUAAUUCUGGGCGCAUUUCUAAAUGCUUGUAAAAUGAACAGAAAUGCUGAGCUUGCAAAAGCUACAGAGGAUAAGCUAUUGCAAAUUGAAGGAGGGAACGGGUCUAGAUACGCGCAGUUGGCUGGUAUCUAUGCCUCGGAAGGGAAAUGGAAUGAGAUGGGGAGGGUAAUGAAGAUGAUGAGAGGAAGAGAGGCCAAGAAAACUGCUGGUUGCAGUUGGGUAUAUGUAGGAGACACAGUUCAUUCCUUUAUCUCAGGGGACAGAUCUCACUCUGAAAAUGACGCCAUAUAUACUAUUUUAGGUUGUUUGAUUGAAGAAUUAACAAAACUAUCAGCCACUAUAUUCUUAGAAGAAGAGUUCUGUUCACUCUGUUGA